GCCAAUCGUGUGUGUCUUCCGGAACAUGUGCAAAAAUGUAUAGUUUGAAUGUUUUAGAAACUCUGGGUUCUCUUAGCAAAGUCAACUUCGUUUAAUUUAAUGGAUUUUGGUUAAUCUGUUACAAGAAAAACGAUCAUGCCAUACGUUAAGGAAAUUUCGGAUCAUGUCGAGUUGAGUGCGACACCUGCGGAAGACGAUCGACAUGCAGAACUGCUUUUAGCUGGAUUUCGCGCUUGUGCUAAGGAAGCCCUCAGGUUCUUGCUAGAAGAUGAAGGUUUAGCACCAGAUCAUCCGCUUCCAGCGGGACUCGAAGAACAUUUGACAAAACGACAGUGUCACUUAGCGGACAUGUUGCAUAAUGAUUCCGGUAUUGAUUUAACAGAAAGCUUACUACAAUCGCCAACAGAUGGCGACACUACACAUGAACUAAAUUCUCAAGAUGAACUAUCUCAAGACUUCUCUUCAGUCAACGAAUCUUCAAAUAUUUCAGUGCACCUGGCUUUUAAUCAGAGCAAAGACUCCUUGCCUCUUGAAUUAAGUCGAAAUUCAGAAAGCAGAAAAGACGCAGAUGAAUAAUUGUUUUCAUAUUUACAAAACUGUAUAAUUAAACAGUGGCAAUUCUAUUAAACAUAAGUUUGGAAUUUGAAUGAAUUAUAUGAUUGAAAAUUAAAUAGUAAUUAGAAGAAUUACGACGAAGUAGUUUUCUGUCAUAUAGCUUGGACUGUAAAUUUGAAUAAUUUCAAGCAAACGACAGAACAGCCGUUUUUAACUUACUUCUUGUAUAUUUUAUGAAUUAUGACUACAAAAAACAUUAAUUAUGUAUAUUUAUUUAAUUAUUUAACAAAGCUCAUAAAAUUUAUGUUAUAUCUACAUAUAUUAUCU